AUGAAGAUUGCCUUGGCAUCUCCUCCACCCAGACACAUCACUUCUCACUUGCCAUUUCAGCUUUUCCCCAAGUCAUUUCUCCAGUCCAAGGCUAAGGUGGUCUAUACUCUGCGUAAUCCCAAGGAUGUGCUGGUCUCAUUUUACCACUAUUCCAAAUGCUGCAAAAUAUUCAAGGACCCUGGAACUGUGGAAGAGUUCCUGGAGGAAUUCCUGAGUGGGAAUGUGAUGUAUGGUUCCUGGUUUGACCAUGUAAAAAGUUGGCUGGAGGUGAAGGGGAGACCCAAUGUCUUCUUCAACAGUUAUGAAGAGCUGCAGCAGGACCUGCGAGGCAGUGUGGAGAAGAUCUGCCAUUUCCUUGGAAAGGAGCUGAAUAGCCAGCAAAUUGAUUCUGUGGUGGAAAAUGCCUCCUUCCAGAAGAUGAAGGACAACCCGAAGUCCAACUUCACCACACUGCCAGAUGACUUUUUAGACCACAAGAAAGGGAAGUUAUUGAGGAAAGGGAUCGUCGGGGACUGGAAGAACCUCCUGACAGUGGCACAGAGUGAACGCUUUGACCGCGUUUAUCAGGAGAAGAUGCAGGGAGUGAGUGUGACCUUCCCAUGGGAAUGAAGAAGGCCAGACUGCUUCUUCUGCUGUUCUGUUUUCUUCCUGUCUGUGCCUCAUAUGGCUCAGGUUCCUUCUAAUAAAUCAUUGGGCUGUA